AUGUCUACCACCACUGAUUCCACACCUUGUUUUACUCAUCACGAUCGACUCACUCUUAGAGUUGAAAGUGCCUCGAACUUGGUGUCCGCAGAUUUGAACGGCUAUUCUGAUCCUUUUGUUGAUGUUUCGAUCAAUGGUGGUUACGAGAAAAGAACAUCGAUCAUUAAGAAAAAUUUAAAUCCCGUAUGGAAUGAAACCUUUGAAUAUCAUUACUUGUUGUACAUGAUGAACUCUCCUUAUCAAUCCUUUACCAUUGGAUUUGAAGUUUAUGACUGGGAUCGAAUUACCAGUAAUGACUUUCUUGGACGUGCCUCUCUCGAAAUCAAUGCUGCCAACAUUGAAUUUGGAAAACUCUACACAGUUGAUCUUCCUCUCAAAGAUACCAAAUCUGGAACUCUUAAAGUGAGUUACAAAGUCGAUCGACUUGCUGAAAAGACAAUCAAAAAAACUUCAAUUUCUUCUCCUUCUUCAUCGUCUUCAAGUUCAACCAUGAGAUUCAUUGAUGGUACCUUCCCAAGUGAAUUCCGUCCUUCUGCUCCUAAAGGUUUCAAACUCAUUACGACCGAGUCCAAUAAAUUAUUGGGAACUCAUGUCGCAGUGUUGAUAAAUUCCACAACAGGUGAAGUUUUAACCAUUACAUACAAUGACCUUAAAACAUUACCAUUCGAUGAAGGUGCUAAAGUAUUCUUGGAAGUGUAUUUGAAAAAUUUGAAAGAUCGUGCUGACAAGUGUCAUGGAAAAUAUGAGAUGGAAAGUCGAGAAAUGGACGUGACAAGUCGAGUGUCAUGCAACAAAUUUACCAAAGUGUUAGAGACUCGUUGUGUGACGAGUGUUCAAGGAAAACAAGUGUAUUGUGUGGCCUUGACAUGUGGUUAUUCAUGUGGCGUGUUGUGUAAUUUUGUUUGGAUGAAUACUGGAAGUUUGUCAUUACCUACUUCGAAAUAUUCACAAUUAUUGGAAGUUGCCAAGUUGACAGAAGUGAGCAAACCAUAA